AUGGAUCAUCAGACUCGUGGUUUGCGGCUUAUGGGCCAAGCAGGAACCUGCAGAGUUGUUCUUCUUAUGGUUAUCGUUGUGGCCAUCGUUCUAGGCCUUCAAUAUUUCGAGCUCACUCCAAUUUUUAUUGUUUCACCUGGAAACGGCACCGUUUCUAAGGUCAGAGAUUCCAAUAACAUCACCAAAAGUGCUGAAAAUGAAACAUUUCUUGCAUCUCAAGAAGCAUCCACCGGGAUUAAACCGUUGAAUAGCACGGAGGUUUUCAAGAUUUUAGAACACAAGUUUCUGAAUGAUUCUCCUAAAGCUUCCGGACAAGAUAGAGGCAAUGAAACCGCAAGUUCUCUGCAUUCACUUCCACCCAAGAUUCCUCAAAGCAACAAGAAACAUGAGCACAUGAGCAAAAAAAAGCGACCUUUAGUGGUCAUAUCAAUAACCCAAAUGAACAAUAUGAUAAUGAAGCGUCACAAUGAUCCAAAUAAUUCACUUGCACCUCAGUGGGGAUCAAAAGUGGACGAAGAGCUUAAAACUGCAAGAAACAACAUCAAGAACGCAGAUUUGGUCAAGACGGAUGAUACCCUUUACGCCCCUCUCUACCAUAACCUAUCCACCUUCAAAAGGAGCUACGAGCUACUGGAACAGACUCUCAAAGUGUACGUUUACGCAGAAGGGGACAGACCGAUCUUUCAUCAGCCUGAGGCAAUAAUGGAAGGGGUUUACGCGUCAGAAGGAUGGUUUAUGAAACAAAUGGAGAGUAGCUCUAGAUUCUUGACAAAAGAUCCAACCAAAGCUCAUCUCUUCUACUUGGCUUUCAGCUCCAGAAUUCUUCAACAGAAACUCUACGUUCGUGAAUCUCACAGUCGUACAAAUCUUGUUAAAUAUCUCAGAGACUACAUCGAUCUCAUCGUUUCCAACUACACUUUCUGGAACAGAACCCGUGGCUCCGAUCAUUUCUUUACCGCUUGCCACGAUUGGGCUCCAGCUGAAACUAGAAGAGGACCAUACAUGAACUGUAUCAGAUCACUCUGUAACGCCGAUGUCGGAAAAGACUUCGUGGUCGGAAAAGACGUCUCUUUGCCGACUACAAAAAUAUCUUCGGCACAAAAACCAAACGGAAACAUUGGAGGUAACCGUCCUUCCAAGCGAACCAUCCUCGCUUUCUUCGCCGGGAGCUUGCAUGGUUACGUCAGGCCCAUCUUGCUUAACCGAUGGUCGUCGACACCUGAACCGGAUAUGAAGAUAUUUGGCCGGAUCGAUCACAAAUCGUACAUCGGUUAUAUGAAACGCAGCAGAUUCUGCGUUUGCGCUAAAGGGUACGAGGUGAAUAGUCCAAGAGUGGUGGAGUCGAUUUUGUAUGGUUGCGUGCCGGUGAUCAUCUCCGAUAACUUCGUGCCGCCGUUUUUUGAGGUUUUGGAUUGGGAAUCUUUUGCUGUGUUUGUGCCAGAGAAGGAGAUUCCGAAUCUGAGGAAGAUUCUGAUAUCGAUUCCGUUGAGGAGAUACGUUGAGAUGCAGAGGAGGGUGUUGAAAGUUCAACAACAUUUCAUGUGGCAUGAUGGUGAACCGGUUCGGUAUGAUUUAUUCCAUAUGAUUCUUCAUUCGGUUUGGUAUAGCCGGGUUUUUCAAACGUUUUACCCAAACUAG